AUGGUUUUUCAGUCUGGCGGCGGUAUGCCGCAGAUACCAGCUUCGUAUUAUGAGAAUUUCCUUGAAAGUUUAGCUCAAAUUGUGUCUAAACUUUUAACUGAUCAAGAAACCGAAAAAGUGCUGCUGUCUAUUCGUUCAUUCCAAGAAAAGUUGAAACAUCUCAGUAGUCAGAACUUGAAUCGACUCAACAUGGAAAUCUCUGCCUCCGAAAAGAAAGACCCUCAUUUGUGUCGUCAUGAGGGAAAGAGUUGUGCACAAAACUGUACCAGAGGAUUCAUAAAGACCUUUGUCGUUGCAUUCGCUGUAAAGUAUUUAAUCGGUAUUUUACCUACUCUCUUGACAGGAAAUAUUCUCAAAAGGCCUGCUAUCUUGCGACAAAUGGCCGGAAGCACAUUCACUAGUAGUUACAAAGGAAUAUUAUGUGGCAUGAGACAUUUAAGAAAGACAAGUGACGCAAAAUCCGAUAAAUUAAACGCAUUUGUUGCAGGAAGUUUAGCUGGUUUAGCUCUUGCAUUCGACCGUAAUAAAUCCAGAAGACAAUCCAUCAUGCUCUAUUUGUUUACAAGAGCCCUCCAAUUUAACGGUGCCUGGUUAAUGAAAAAAUGGGCCAUCAAGCGCAAACAAGAUCACCCCGGUGAAACCAAGUUGGACGAUCACAUAGCUAAAUAUCUUUCCAAAUACUCGGGUGUUGGUGUCAUGAUGAUCGCAAGUGCCCAGUUAAUUUACGCCUUCUUAUUCAACUAUGAAACCCUACCUAAAUCUUACUUUGCCUUCUUAUUGACACAAGGUGGAUUCAAGACAAAUUUCGGUCGUAUGGCAGGACGUGUGGCAGAAGCAGUUGGUAUUACCAUUAAUCAUUUAGUAGAAGAUAAAUCUUCGGUAAUUAUUCCUGCUGGUGUAUCGAGUCGUCAAUUCGUCUCGCAAUCAAUCAGUCCCAACAUCGGUAACGCUAUUAGUCCAAGAAUGAAUCAUCAUUUUAUUGUGUGUGCGCUUCAGCAUCCGUUGACUGAUAGCUGUACGGGUAACAAAGUCACUCUUUUCAAAGAUCAAUUUUUAAGAUCUCUCAAGAUGUAUGUGCCUCUUAAUGUCGUAAUUUGCACUAUCUUGCUUGAGAUCUACCCUAUUCUUGACCAUGUACGUUGUCAUGGGAUUGUCCACACCGUGUGUAUUGCGAAAUAUAUUUGGUAA